AUGGACAUCAAAAAGGAUGGUGUCACGCACGUUGAUGAUGUGGACAAUGAGUUUCAUCAAGCAAAAGUUGCUGUUCAGCUGUCAGAAGAGGCUGUCCACGUCAAACAAAGUCCUUGGACAUCGAGCAUGCUGAAGCUAUAUGGUUGUUUAGCUAUUGCAUAUCUCUGUGGCUGCUUGAAUGGAUACGAUGGAAGCUUGAUGGGAGGGUUGAACGCGAUGGACACAUAUCUUGCCUACUUCCACAUGNNUGAGCAUGCCUCUUGGAAAGUGAAUGACGAAAUCCUCGAUGCUGAUGUCCUGAUCGUAGCUGACCAAAGUAUCUCACCUUUACUCAUCUCCUCACAGNNAUACAACAUCGGAUCAAUCCCAGCAGUCUUCCUGACCGGACCUGUGAACGAUUACUAUGGAAGACGUGCUAUCAUCGUUGUCAUUGGCACAUGUAUCCAAGCCCCGGCUGUCAAUAGAGAGAUGUUCCUUGCUGGUCGAUUUAUCCUUGGAUUUGGUGUAUCCUUCGCAUGCUCCAUCACCACCGGGUUGCUGACGAAUUACCAGNAUGGCUCAUCCUGCUUGGCGAGGCACGUUGACUGGACUGUACAACUGCACGUGNGUGUAGAUAUCGGAUCCAUUGUGGCUUCUUGGGUUAUAUACGCAUGCGCAGAACGCGUAAAAUCCGAUGUUAGCUGGCGCAUUCCACUGUGGUGCCAGCUGGUCUCUUCAGUCGUCGUCGCUAUCGGUGUCUGGUUCUUGCCAGAGAGCCCAAGAUGGCUUUGCGCUCAGGACCGUAUGGAAGAAGCUACCAAGGUUCUUGGUCGCUACCACGGAGAGGGUGAUGAAUCGCACCCAAUCGUGCUUCUCCAGAUCAAGGAGAUGCAAAACCAAAUUCGUCAAGACGCAUCCGACAAGAAGGGAUGGGACUACUCUGAGCUAGUAAACACCCACUCUGCUCGUCGAAGACUUAUCUGCGUUUUGGGAAUGGCUUGUUUCGGCCAAUUGAGCGGCAACAGCGUAACGUCCUACUACCUUCCGGUCAUGCUCGAAAACGCUGGAAUCACUUCCCAGGGAACAAAACUUAUGUUGAAUGGCAUUUACCCCGUCAUCUGCUUUUUCGCCGCAAUCCUUGGAGCCCGCAUGACCGACGUCGUUGGUCGCAGACCAUUGUUGUUGUAUUCCAUCCUCUUCUGUUCAGGCUGUUUUGCUGUCAUUUGUGGCACAAGCAAGCUUGCACAACAGGAACUCGACAACAAGUCGGCAGCCAACACGACCAUUGCUUUCAUCUACCUCUUCGGAAUCAUCUUCUCCUUCGGCUGGACACCUCUGCAAAGCAUGUAUAUCGCCGAGACACUGGCUACCUCGACACGAGCAAAGGGUACUGCCGUUGGCAAUCUCGCCUCGAACAUCAGCUCGGCUGUCAUUCAAUAUGGUUCAGGUCCUGCUUUUGCCAACAUCGGUGCUUACUUCUACCUCGUGUUUGUGUUUUGGGAUCUGAUCGAGUUUGGCGUCAUCUACCUCUAUUGGCCAGAAACAAAGGAGCGUACUCUGGAAGAACUUUCGGAGGUGUUUGAAGCCAAGAACCCUGUCAAGAAGAGUUUGGAGAAGAGAGGAGCUGCUACGGUGCUCAACACCCUCGAUGUAGACGCUUCUAUGGUCGAGAAGAUGGAGCUUUGA